AAGAGGCCUAAAAACCCAAAGAAUUUAGCAAAAGAAAAACCCAAAGAAUAGAAAAUAGAACGCUCGCUCGCUCGCUUCCUAUCUGGCUCUCACUCGCUCAGCAAGUUUUACAGUGAAAAAUAAAAGAUACAUCUUCUCAUUCAACGCAUGUCCACACUACUCCAUUGGUUUUUAUCUGAAUAAAUUCUAAUUCAGUCGAUAAGAUAAUAAUGAUGCAACCCACCCAUGACUCAAGAGGAGAAGAAUGAAUGAUCUUGAAAUGAGUGAAGACAAACUAAGUCACUUGCCUGAUUCAAUUCUCAUUCACAUUUUGUCAUUUUUGAACACCAAAGAUUCUGUUCAAACUUGCAUUUUAUCUAAAAGGUGGAAUCAUGUUUGGAAAUAUAUUCCCAUUCUCACAAUGCAUUGCUUUGAUUUUUCUUCUUUGAAGAGUUUUGAUAAAUUCGUGUCUAGAAUUUUGUCUCUUCGCGAUAACUCGAUUGUACUGCAUGCUCUUGAUUUUGUUCGUAAUGGUAGCGUCGAGUCUCGCCUACUUAGAAGGAUUGCACACUAUGUUUUAUCCCAUAAUGUCAAGCUUCUUCGAUUACGAAUUGAUGUCAAAUGUGAUAUUGCUCACAUCCUGCCUUGUGUUUCUUCAUGUCAUUCUUUAACAUCUCUUAAGCUCUCAGUUUCACCUAAAGGUUUUCAUAAUUACGGGAGGACAUUGUUUCCUAAAUCUCUGAAUUUACCUGCGUUAACGAGUUUGCAUCUAGGAAAUUUUGCAUUUUGUGCUAGUGACGAUGGCCGGAUUGAUCCUUUUUCAGUCUUUAGCAAGUUGAAUGGUUUGAGCAUUGAUAAUUGUAUGGUGAAGGAUUCCGAAAUCUUGUGCAUAUCAAGUGAGACACUAGUCAGUUUAACUAUACGUAGUCAUUCUUUCAACUAUUACCGAAUCAAGCUAUCUGCUCCAAGUCUUGAUUCAUUCGCUUUUAUGGGUAAUCCUCAUCAGAUGUUCUGUGGAAGCAGUCUUUCUUCUAUUAAACAAGUAAACAUUGAUGCCGAAAUGUUGGCAAAUUACUCGGAGCCUCCUGCUAUUUUACUUAGUUGGCUGCAAGAAUUCGCUAAUAUCAAAUCAUUGACGGUCUCUGCAAGUACUCUUCAGGUUCUCUCCUUAAUUCCUAAUCUUUUGAAGCUUAAGAUUUCUUCCCUGCAUAGCUUGAAGUCGGUGAAAGUAAAGCUGAAACCACUUUCAUAUGGAUUAUCCAUGGCAUUGAAAAUUGUUAAGUUAGAAAAAGCAUUAAAAGCAGGACUUGAACCAUCUUCACCCAUUCCUGAUGGAAUACUGAACUUUUUGCUCCAGAACUCGCCGUCGGCAGAUGUUGACAUCAUAGACUGCCCAAGGUUUGACGACUCCUUCGACCAUCUACCUCCAUUCUCAUCUUCGCUUUUUUCUCAAUUCCUUCAACCUUCUUUGCAGGAGAAUGCUAUGGAUGAUCUGCACCACCGAAUACAAUAUCUAAAGCAAGUGGUGCAGCAGACACAUAUGUAUCUUCAUCUAGCAGAGAUUAAGGACAUGGAGGAGAUAUUGGCCCUCAAAGAGCAUGCGAUGAUGUUGUCAAAGACCAUGGAUGCCAUAGAACGGCAGAGGGUUGAGGCCAUGAGGCUACUAUAGUGUCGAGACUUAUGAAACACAGACACAUCUGGAAGUAGACGUAUCGUUGUAUCCGACACGUGUUAGUGAUAUUGUCAUGACAAUUAUAACGAGGACGAACACAAUUUGAUCCCUCCCAACCAGUCAUAGCUUGUGUGUGUAUAUUUUUUGAUGCCCACACACAUUUUGAUAUGUACUACUUAAAUUCUUUAGGUCUUAUUCAUUCAAUAGUACUGCAAAUUCAUUUCUAA